AUGAAGGAGAAAGGGAACAAAAGAAAUGUUAAGGUGAAGGACUUCGAGGAUCCUACAGACUCAUGCAACCAUCCAGAAUGUAGGAGACCACUUCAGUGGAAUGGGCGGGCAGUCAUCCCCGAAUCGCUAAUCGAAGCAGCGAGGGCGUUUGCAUUGAAAAGGAAGUUUCCGAGGAUGAGUGAACUGCUCAUGAUAAUCAAGAUGUCGGAUGAAGAAGAGGACAAAGAUAUAUGCGUGGAAGAUUGGCUGGCGGCAUUGCAACAUUUCGCGAGAUGCUCAAGCUUAAAGAGAGAUGUGUUGUCGAGCAAGGCCGAACUCCGAGGGAAAUUUGCGGUGGAAUUGGCUAGAGCACUACUUGAACUUAAACAAGAGCAUGAAGAACUCGAGCAAGGACGACGAUAUGUGGUAGUACCACGUCAGUGGGGAGCGCAAGUUCCAUCAAAUUGGGGGACAUACAAGACGGCGGCCGAACUAAAUGUUGUCGGAAGAAGAGCAAUACCGAUGAUGGUGCUGAUAGUGCAACUGAAGCGAGAGUUUUCGGAGACAAUCACGGAGCUAAUAAAAAAAAAGAGGCCGAAGACGACAUGGCUGCUACCAUGGUCAGUCAGAGAAUCGACGACGUUAAGCGAAAACCUGAUGGAACUUAAGAAGUGGGAUGAUCAGUUUAGCCAGUGGGAGAAGUUCGGAGCGAAGGUGGUGCUUCCAAGUACAACAAUACCCUCAACUAGAGAAUGCUUGGCAAUUCAACUGAGGGCGAAGAACAUGCACACCGGGGGAUACGAAAAUGAUGAAAUGAUGGAAGCACUGAGAGUGUAUGCAGAAGUUGAGCCAGAGUUGGUGUCGUUGGAAGCGGAUAUCGGAUCCGAAGGAGCGAGGGAGGACACAAAGAAAAGGACGGGGUCAAAACGAUUCCGCAUGGAUUGA